CGGGGCGGGGGUUGUGAGGGAAAGCGGCGGCGCUUCCGGUGCGGGCGUCCCGGCUGGCGGAAGUGACGGCGGGGUUUGUUGACAGCGGAGGCCGUGGCGGGGGGAGCGGGCCCCAGGAGCAGGCGGACCCCGCCCGCCCCGGCAGCGGCGCCGGCGCCGGCACCGGCCGCGACUCCCGCCGCCCCCAUCGCCGCCCCCCGGCGGGGGCCCGGCGCCAGCUGUCCUGAUGUCCCUGUAAAUUCAUCCUGGAAUUUCAUUUGAGGAAAGGAUCUACUGAAUCAAAAGCUUCCUUCUGCUCUUUCCUGUCCCGUAACUUCCCUCAAGAUGGCAUCUGAUAGCCCCGAGUCACUAAUGACCUUGUGCACAGAUUACUGCCUUCGCAACUUGGAGGGGACUCUCUGCUACCUACUGGACAAUGAAACUCUCCGGCUCCAUCCUGACAUCUUCUUGCCAAGCGAGAUUUGUGACAAACUUGUCAAUGAGUACGUGGAGUUGGUGAAGACGGACAGCAUCUUUGAACCCCAUGAAAGCUUCUUCACCCUGUUCUCAGAUCCCCGGAGCACGCGGCUAGCUCGGAUCCACUUGCGGGAACAGAUUGUGCAGGACCAGGACCUGGAAGCCAUCAGGAAGCAGGAUCUUGUUGAGCUCUACUUGACUAACUGUGAGAAGUUGACAGCCAAGAGUCUGCAAACCUUGGUGAGCUUCAGUCACACACUUAUCUCCCUUAGCCUCUUUGGCUGCUGUAAUAUCUUCUAUGAGGAAGAGAACCCUGGAGGCUGUGAAGAUGACUGUUUGGUGAACCCCACCCGCCAGGUCUUGGUCAAGGACUUUACUUUUGAAGGCUUUAGCCGCUUGCGCUUCCUGAAUCUGGGCCGCUUGAUCGAAGGGGUAAAUGUGGAGACAUUGCUUCGGCCUUUGGCCUCCCUUGCAGCUCUCGAUCUCUCUGGGAUCCAGCUGAAUGACGUGGGGUUUCUGACCCAGUGGAAGGACAGUCUGAUUUCCUUAGUGCUUUACAACAUGGACCUUUCAGAGGAGCACAUCCAAGUGAUCGCACAGCUUCGCAAGCUCAGGCACUUGGAUAUCUCCCGAGACCAUCUGUCCAGUUAUUACAAAUUCAAGCUGACCCGGCGGGUUCUAAACCUGUUUGUGGAAAACUUGGUAAACCUCACUUCGCUCGAUAUCUCAGGGCACACCAUGCUGGAGAACUGCACUAUCCCAAGCAUGGAGGAGAAGAUGGGCCAGACAAGCAUUGAGCCAGCAAAGAGCAGCAUUGCUCCCUUCCGGGGUCUGAAACGACCACUCCAGUUCUUGGGCCUUUUUGAAACAUCUCUCUGCCGCCUGAUGCAUAUUCCAGCCUACAAGGUGAGCGGAGACAAGAAUGAAGAGCAAGUCCUCAAUGCUAUUGAGGCUUACACCGAACACCGGCCAGAAAUAACUUCCCGGGCCAUCAACCUCCUUUUUGACAUUGCCCGUAUUGAACGCUGUAGCCAGCUGCUGCGAGCCCUUCAGCUGGUGAUCACAGCCCUCAAGUGCCACAAGGAUGACAAAAACAUCCAGGUGACAGGCAGCGCGGCGCUGUUCUACCUGACCAACUCUGAGUACCGCAUGGAGCAGAGCGUAAAGCUGCGGCGCCAGGUCAUCCAGGUGGUGCUGAAUGGCAUGGAGUCCUACCAGGAGGUCACAGUACAGCGAAACUGCUGCCUGACUCUGUGUAACUUCAGCAUUCCUGAAGAGCUGGAGUUCCAGUACCGCCGAGUCAACGAGCUGCUGCUGAACAUUCUCAACCAGAGCCGGCAGGAUGAGUCUAUCCAGCGCAUUGCUGUGCACCUCUGUAACGCUCUGGUCUGCCAGGUGGACAACGAUCAUAAAGAAGCUGUGGGCAAGAUGGGGUUUGUCAUGACAAUGCUAAAGUUGAUUCAGAAGAAGUUGGCUGAUAAAACGUGUGAUCAGGUGAUGGAGUUCUCCUGGAGCGCCCUCUGGAACAUCACUGAUGAGACCCCCGAUAACUGUGAGAUGUUCCUUAACUACAGCGGCAUGAAACUGUUCUUAGAGUGCUUGAAAGAGUUCCCAGAAAAACAGGAGCUGCAUCGCAACAUGCUGGGCCUCCUGGGCAACGUAGCAGAGGUGAAGGAGCUCCGCCCACAGCUCAUGACCUCCCAGUUCAUCAGUGUGUUCAGCAACCUGCUGGAGAGCAAAGCAGAUGGGAUUGAGGUAUCUUAUAAUGCCUGUGGUGUGCUGUCCCAUAUCAUGUUUGAUGGUCCAGAGGCUUGGGGUAUAUGUGAGCCCCACCGAGAGGAAGUUGUAAAGAGGAUGUGGGCAGCCAUCCAGAGCUGGGAUAUCAACUCUAGGAGAAAUAUCAAUUACAGGUCAUUUGAACCAAUCCUUCGACUUCUUCCACAAGGAAUCUCCCCAGUCAGCCAGCACUGGGCUACCUGGGCACUGUAUAACCUGGUCUCUGUCUACCCUGACAAGUACUGCCCACUGCUGAUCAAAGAAGGUGGGAUUCCCCUUCUGAAGGACAUGAUUAAAAUGGCCUCAGCACGGCAAGAGACCAAGGAAAUGGCCCGGAAAGUUAUAGAGCACUGCAGUAACUUUAAGGAGGAGAACAUGGACACUUCCAGAUAGAGGCAAUCAUCUAAUGCCUCUUGCCAGCACUGUAUCCAGCUUCUCUCUAAUCCACUGUAUAUAGGGAGGACUCUUUCUUACCAACUCGCCUGUUGGAAGGAAACUUUAUGUGUGUGUGUGAGACCCUCAGUAGAUGAAGGUGAACAGGGGAGGGGGGAGGGACUUUUUGCACAACAAAAUGCUUUCCUUAAAUUAGUGGAAUUUUUUUUUGUUAUGAAGUUUCAGGUUGAAGUUCUGUGUGUAUGAUUUCUGUAUAAAAAGAAAACAAAAAAUGACAACUACAUUACGUAUCUUUUAACCUUUUUAUUUUAGACCACACAGAGAGCCUAAAAUGAUCAUGAGCUUGAAGACCUAGUUGUGUGAUCACUAGUGUGACAUUUUUAUUUCCCACUUUUUAGAGAAUUCCCUUUUGCUGUAUUGCAUGAGGUCCUGUAAUGUCUGCAAGAACACCAGUCCUGAAUCGGUAUUGGCUGCUCAAUGGGGUUACAGGCAGUGAUCAAUUAUUUAUUUGGUUAGAGAGGUUGGGGGACACAAUACCAGAGAGUUAGACCAAAAGAACUGACCUUUUUAGUGAUAGUUGUAAAGGGAGGAAGUGGGGAAGAAAGUUCUUUCAAGUCAAUUCACUCCCUUAAGGGUUUUUUUACAGAAGACUCACAUUCAUGCACUGCUAAGUGUACGUGGGUCAUUCAGAAGUAAGACAUUCCCGUUAAAGUCAAGAGGUCUAUUCUGUCCCCUUUGGCAGCACAGUAGGAUCUGCCAGCCCACCCAGCCUUGCAAGGUCAGGGAUGACCAGUAAAACCAGUUACACAUCCUUGGCAACACAGAGCUUUUCUCUCUAAGGGAGCCUGUGCACCAAGGAACACUGUUUGUUCAAAGGGCUAUGCAUCUUCAUUCCAGUCCUUCACCACCUUUUUAGUUGUGUUCUGUUUUAUGGGGAAGGGCUACAGAUGCCAGAGAGCAUAUUUCCCCUCUGCAUAAUAAGCUCUGCUAGGCCCCAGUCCAGAGCAGCUUGUACCACUUGUGCAAGCCCCAGUAACGGGCUGGAGCUGAUCUACUCUUCUUCAGUCUGCAUCAGUGCACACCGUGCUCAGUGGCAAAGUAAUCUCCCUUUAUAGGAAGCUUGCUGCAGCACAGAUGCUGUAACUGGAGGUGCUAAAGUCCUCUCCUGAGACUGGAGACUCUCCAGGCACCCUUUGGAGGGUGUUCACCUGACAUAGCACCUCUUGUUCCAUCCCAACAUUUUCCCCCUCCUCUGGGAAGCACAAGGUCAUAUUCCUACCUGACUUCCACUAGCGCUAACCAGUGCAGUCCUGCUCACAUUGGCAGCAUUACUCCAAUUUAUGUGAUGUAGGUGAAAGAGUCUCACUAAGGUGGUCUUCACCUGUAGGUCUCUAGGCCUAUAAAGGCUGAAGAAGCCAAAGGCUGAGGUUUCCCUCACACCCAGGCAUUCAGCAACACAUUGUGCAGUCCAUGCUUAGAGCCCUGCCACAGUUUUUUCACAAUUCAAAAAUCUUCCCUUAGAAGGGAUUUAGGAAAGAUUUUAUGUCUGGUAGGAGUACGAGGAGACCAUGGCCGUGUGAGUUGGGACAUUUCAGGCCUCUGAGCACAGUAACCCUUGCUUCUUUCCUCCCUUGUUAUACAUUGCUCUCAAAUUUGACUCGCUGCUAUGAGGUUCUUCUAAUGCUCAGAGUUAAUGUUGUCACUGCUGAGCACAUUAUAGACAGAUCCUAGAUACACAAACUGACACUUUAAAUGACAGAACACAGCUGCCCUGGAGAGGUUUACUUUUUCUGCCAAUAUGGUGUUACUCAAUGUCUUUUUUUUUUUUCUUUUAACCAUACGUCAUUUGUUUUGAUAUUGUGAGAUCUGUACUUUUUUCUUUUAAGUAUUUUUCGAACUUAUAUAUAUUUUUGUGUCACUUUUGAAUUGUUUUCAUAUGGUUUGCAAAACUUGACAAAUUAUACUUUUUUUGCAGUUGUUUGAUUGAAAUGUAUUUUUCUCUUAUUCCUGUUCCCCAAGAAUUUGUGUCCCUGUGAGCUUUGAGACAGGAAAGCUUAUUUCAAGAUCUGUUUUCUGUAUAACAUUUGCUAAUCUUCCUUCUAGAUGCAAAACUAAGAGAGGCUGCAAAUACUUGCCAACUAGCCUCGGAGCAUUAGGGGAGUCAGGCUUUGCUCACUUAAUUCUCUGUUUAGUGAUGCUGUCCUUUUGAAGUUGUUUCACGUGUCAGCGCCACCCACUAGGCUUUUUUCCUUUUUAAUGCCCGUAUAGUGAAAGCUUCUCCGACUAAAAUAUUGACUUGCGUGACAAUGAGACUCAAGAUUCUGACUCUAUUGGCAAGGUGGGAGUGGAGCAGAAGGGGACACAUCACAGGAGCUCCCAUCUCAGCUAGAGCAGACCUCAGCCUUGCAUCAUAAUGAGAGUCAAACAAUCAGGUUUUACGCUGAGGUUUUGGCACAACUACAGGCUUGGUUCUGUCUGCCUCAAGACCCCAAAGAUUUGGCUUUUUCAAACCAGUGCCCCUGUAAGUUCAGCUAUUAAUGAAGUCUCACCUGCUGCAAGCUGGACCAUGGUAUCCCAGACUAACAAGAUCCAAGCUGCAUCAAACCUUUGUUUCACACUGUAAAGAUAACCGCUAUCCUCACUGCUCACAUAUCCUCAUCAAGCUGUACCUAAGCCUGAACCAGGAUAAAAAGAUUUCAAAUUCCCAGCAACAGGGAGAUUAAUGGAGUCAGGCCAGCCUGCCAGGAAAGCUUAGCCUUCUGAAAUCUGUCACUGAUCCCAGGGGGAAGGGGGAACUAUAACUGGUCUGUGACACCUCACUACACAUAAGAUUUUGAGUCAGGCCACCAGCAAGGUAAACUCCUGAGACAACAUUUUAAAAGAAACAGCAUCCCUGUUAGAGUAACAUGAGCUUUGGCUACAAGCUUCAAUGUCUUCAAGCCAAAAAAUUUUGCAAGCUGAAAAAUAACAUUUACUUUCAGUAAGGAGGAAAAGAGAGGAAGGUAUCCUCUGAACACCUGAGCAUAAUCCAGGAAUUCCUGUAAUUGGGAGUUUGAAACUACGCUGUACCUCACUUUCCCUAACUGAAAGGACAGGAGCUGUUGCACCCUAGGCAUAACACAUGUGCCAUGACCUGAAAGCACUUUUUGGAGCCAAAGAGGAGUUAAUGAAUUCUUGCCAUAGAUCCAAUGCUCAGGACAGAACAGGAUAGUUGGCUGCAGACAUCAUACCAGUAUUCUGCAAAGGAGGAGAGGGCAAUGUGGCUGAUUUUUUAUGAAGGUCUAAUGUAAAAGGAGAAGUUGGGUACCCUGAAAUGCUUGACUGUUGCAGCCUCUCAGGACUUCCAGCUUUGCUGGAGCAACGGAGUGAACCAGGAAACUUCAAUUCUACACAGAUUUAUGGAGCCAACCCUUCCCAGAAAACGAACAGGGUUCUAUCUGUCAAAUGAGAAUCCAGCUGGAAAGAACUUCAGAGUGUGUAAAGACAUGGCGGAGGGUCUCCUUGUGCUCCAUAGUUGUUGUCCCAUUCAGACUCUUACGCAUGUUUUCACUACUACAUUUCCCUUAAUCCUCAAAAGCAUGGCAGGCAGAGCACGAACACAACUCAGUAGUUCUCUGCAGAGACUGUGGCAACAACAUAACCCUCUACCUUGACUGUAUGUAGUCUCCUUCCUGGCUGGAGGAUACCUUGUCGUUCAGGGGCCCAAGUCAAUAAUACAGCAGUCCUCAGCACGCAGGGUGUCAGGUGUUUGCCAUUUUCUCUGGAAUAGAUAAGAGAGCAAACGGGUGGGCAACUUUCCACAAGUGCUUCCAUUUUAAAAGGUCUGUGGGAGGAAUUGCUUACACAGAUUGGCAUCUACUUGUAUGAUGCUUAACACCCAGAGCACCAGACUUUCUCACCUAAACCAAGCCAAGAAAGCUCAGCGGUGAUAUUUGAGGCAAUUACAAACAUUGCAGAUAAUUCUUCUGCUUCUUCUGCCCCAUCUGCAUCAUGGCUGCUAUUACCCUGCCCCUACCUACUGGCUGAAACAGUAUCUGUUCAGCAUGGAAUCCUACCCAGCUUUUCAUCCUGGUUGGGCUUCUGCUGCAGUCACUCUGGUCCCUGCAAAAGAUGAGUGGGAAGAAAAGUCUUGGAGCUGUGAGCCUGUUCCCCUCUCAUCACUCGAAGGUGGCAAUUAAUUACCAGUAGAGCAAGAGCUAUAGGGGCACUGUGUUCAGGCACUACUCCACAGAAAAGAUGUUUUCUUGAGAGUGUUUAGGGAGGAGCCUGCCACAACUCAGAGGGUAGCUUGUGCUGGAAAAAAUAGAAGUAGGGCAACAGCUGGUCCCCACAACACCCAUGGCAUGAAGCACAGAGGGUAAUGGUUGUCAGGAAUGGAUGAAAAGCAACAUGGGGGCUGGAUGAGAAGACAGCACUUAAAAAAAGGAAUGAGGGAGAUUUCCUGCUGAACUGAAACACUUCUGCUUUAGCAGACUAUAUUUUGAUUUCAUAUAAUUGUCACUGAUUCUCUCUGUAAUUCUUUUCUUGUUUAAAAAAAGUUUUUAAGCUACCCAAAUAUGUAUUUCCUUGUUUUGCUUAACAAAAAUAACCUCAGUUAUCAUGAGCAAGCAUCUGCUUUUACUCUGUCCAUUGACCUGCCUAAUGUUGAGAGGCCUGGUUCAAAUGUUUGUACAUGGUGAAACCCAGCAAAAAAAUGCACAACCGUUGCUUCCUUACAAUUCUGAAUGAAUUAACUUUUCUGUUGUAUCCAUUGGAUACUCGCUGUGUAUUAAACCUAGUGCUUAACAAUGUCCUC